GUGUGCGCGCGCUUGGCAAAGGGUAAACAUUCGAGAGUCCCUGCGCUCUGAGGGAGGGACAGAGAAAGAACUGUCACAGAGAGAGAGAGAGAGAGCGAGAGAGCGAGAGAGAGAGAGAGAGAGAGAGAGAGAGAGAGUGCAACCAUCACACUACUGUAUACAGGGCACUACUUCUACUGGAGUUAGCGAUUUGCAGGUUUAAAUUCUACAUCAAAACAGAACAAAGACACAGCGGCUACUGCAAUAAAAGAACCAAAAAAAAGGAACAACUCCACAUCUACCUUACAAAAUAAGCAAGGAGAAUUUAUCAACCUCUUCAAUUACCCCCUCCCAACAAACAAGGAACUUAAAAGAAGGAUUUAAUUUUAUUUAUUUAUUUUAUUUUAUUUUUGCAUAAAGGAAAGUGCAAAGAGCUUCUGCAACUUUCAUCACGCUAGAAGUUUGGAACGGACACAACUUUUGUAUAUAUUUUUUAUAUAAACAAAUAAUUCUUUUUUUUUUCUUUUUUGCAAAAAGCCUCCAGAAGUCUGUUUUUACUGCAGAAUUAAACUAAAUAUCAAGAGUGGAUUUUUACUUUUAUUGAUAUAUAUAUUUUUUUUUUUUUACAUAUAUAUGUGUAUAUCGAGAGAGGGAAAGAGAGAGAGAGAGAGAGGGAAAGAGAGAGAGAGAAAGAGAGAGAGCUCAUCCUGGUGUUAUAAGCCAGAAACCUGCCGGGGACUUUAAAUGGUAGAUUAAUUUAUGUGAAAGAAAACAGUCUGUACCUAUCUGAAAGAAAAGUUGCAUAAAGAAGAGGGGAAUAAUCAACGGACAAUUAACACAGGGUUAAAGGAAUGGCCACUGCGGCUUCCAAUCCUUACCUGCCAAACAAUAGCAUCCAUACUUCAGGCUCAAUUGUGCACUCCGACUCGGGAGGCGGUGGUAUGCAACCUGGCAGUGCUGCUGUUACUUCGGUCUCUGUCGGGUACAGAGGGGAUCCAACAGCUAAGAUGGUUCAGAGCGACUUCAUGCAGGGAGCCAUGGCGGCGAGCAACGGGGGCCAUAUGUUGAGCCAUGCCCAUCAGUGGGUAACAGCCCUGCCCCAUGCCGCCGCUGCCGCAGCUGCAGCCGCAGUAGCAGCGGCUGAAGCCGGAUCGCCUUGGUCAUCCAGCCCCGUGGGGAUGACUGGAAGCCCCCAGCAUCAGCAGCAGCAAGAUAUCAAAAACAAUUCGGGCAGAGACGAUCUGCACACGGGAACUGCACUGCAUCACAGGCCCCCUCAUCUGGGUCCGCACCAGGGUCACCCAGGAGCUUGGGGGGCAACAACAGCGGCACACAUCCCGUCUAUAGCCGGGGGACAGCAGCAACAGUCUCUGAUAUACUCCCAGCCCGGAGGAUUCACGGUGAACGGUAUGCUGAGUCCACCGGGGAGCCAAAGCUUGGUGCACCCCGGUUUAGUACGAGGGGACACACCGGAGCUAGAUCAUGGAAGUCACCAUCACCACCACCAUCAUCAGCAUCAGCACCACCAGCAACAUCACGGCGGAGUGAACAGCCACGAUCCCCACUCCGAUGAGGACACACCGACCUCAGAUGACUUGGAGCAGUUUGCUAAACAGUUUAAGCAAAGGCGAAUCAAGCUGGGCUUCACGCAGGCAGACGUUGGCUUGGCUCUGGGUACCCUCUAUGGCAACGUCUUCUCCCAAACCACCAUAUGCAGGUUUGAGGCGCUCCAACUGAGCUUCAAAAACAUGUGCAAGCUCAAGCCUUUGCUAAACAAAUGGCUCGAAGAAGCAGACUCCACUACCGGGAGUCCAACCAGCAUUGACAAGAUCGCAGCCCAGGGCAGAAAGAGAAAGAAGCGCACCUCCAUCGAAGUCAGCGUUAAGGGGGCGUUGGAGAGCCACUUCUUGAAGUGUCCAAAACCUUCGGCUCAGGAGAUUACUUCUCUAGCGGACAGCCUGCAGUUGGAGAAAGAAGUGGUCAGGGUCUGGUUUUGUAAUCGGAGACAGAAAGAGAAAAGGAUGACACCUCCGGGAGUGCAGCAGACGCCGGACGAUGUGUACUCCCAGGUCGGCAAUGGACAUUUUUUAGUAGAUUACUUAAAAGAUGCAAGUUUAACUGGGCCGAAUCACCCGAGUGACGAGAGGAUGUCAGCUCCAAGUACGUUCCACCAGGUAAUUUUGGCGCACUAAACAUCACCACGAGAUAUGAGGUUUAAAAAGCGAGAGCUUUCUUUUUCCCUAUUCUUUAUUUGUUUUGUUUGAGACAACAAAAGCAGACACAAAACACUAUAAAAACAGACUGUAAACGAUAAGGAAGCAAGCUGGGGGGAAAAAAACGUUGAAUUAUGUGACAAGGACAGAGGAAGAAUGCGGAUCCGUGAGCUUCAAGCUUGAUUUAAGAAGAGGACUGCAUGGAUAAAUAAAUACGAAUGGGGUUGUUAGCGCGAGAACACUGUUAGACAAUUCCCCAAAUUCUUUGAUCUAAAAGAUCGCCUCUUUUGAAGAUUAUAUUGUAUUUUAUGGACAUCUUAUUAAUGGAUUUUUUAAAAGAAAAAAAAAAAGACUGACCAUCUGCAGCUGCACUUACCUGAAUUUCUUCUCUCUAAAAUCCGUUGCCAAGCUUGACUGAAUGGGUGCUGUGGAUGUUAUUUAAUUCUGCCAUUUCUAAGCAGUGUUUUUGGUAGGUUUUAAUAAACGGACUUUUCAAAGAUGGCAAUAUAGAUUCAUUAGGUCUGCUGAUCUAAAAUAUUUGCUUUAUAUUUUCAUCAAAAUGACUUGUUUUCAGAUUUUAUUCAGAAUACCUAUGAACUGUUACAAACGGUAAUUUAUUUUUUCCCCCAAAUCUUGUAUUACGUGUUUUAUUUUUUGUUUUUGUUAUUAUUUUUCAAACGAGCACAAAUCAAAAUGAGCUGAAACUAUGGACAGUUGUUAGGUAAUAAGGGUAUCUUUUGAUGUGAUAAUUUGAUUGUAAUUUAAUUUGAGUAGUGAUUCAUUAAGAGAUGAUUGAGAAAAUAAAUUUGUUAGAAUGAAAUUAUGUGGUUGUGUGUGGUGCAUAUUGUAGCGCAGAAAAUAUAUAUUUUCAUUACAGCAUUCUGCUAAAAUUAUAUGAUUUGAGAUUUUAUUGAAAUUCUUAUUAAAAAAAAUAUACAUGGACGCUCUGUGUUUUCCAUGCUCUGACAUUUGGUAUGUUUAUUUGUUUUUAAAAUGUUCUCAGUUAGACCAUCUGGUGUAAUUUAUUGAAGGUUUUACUGAUUAUCUGAGUUUAUAGACUAUAACAAUGGUUAUUUGACAGUUUCAAUUUACAGCCAAAAUAAACAUUUUUAGGCAUAAUAAAUUAUGUAACUACUGCUCAAUAUAAACACAACUCUAGUAACAAAACAAACUGAUAACCCUUAGGUCACAGUUUUUGACUGAAAGACUGCUUGUGAAUUUUUGGUAUAGGCUACAGCUACUGUAUAUAGUAUUUUAAAUUAAUAAUAUAAAAUAGAUGUGUUUGAGUUUAUCAGUGUACACACUUUAAGUGUGCUGUUUAAGAUGUAUAUUUUUUAAAAUAAAUAAAUAAAACAAUUCUUAAUGGUUUAUAAAAAUAAAUAAAUAAAUAAAUAACUACUUUGUUUACCAAUUAGAUGCCAUAAGCUGUUUCAGCGUGUUUACAUUGGCGAAACUUUUUAAAUAUGAUUUUCUUAUCAAAUAUUUGAAGACACUAAAGUUUAAAGAUUAUUAUUAAUUAACGGAUUGGUGUUA